AUGUCCGGCUUCGAGAUAUUAGGCGCUAUCUCUGGACUUAUUGGAAUCGUUGACGCCUCGCUCAAAAUCUGUAACGAUGCACGGAAAGACUUGAAACUGCCUGAGACGUUCGAAGUCGUUGUCGUCAAAUUGCCUAUAAUCCGCGACAUCCUGCAAAAAUGCGAGACCAAAUUGGAAACCAUUCAAGCCGGCCUCCCUCCCGAUGUCUGCGUAGCCUUGGAAAAGAUCAUCGAUCGCUGUGAGGAGAAGGCUGAUGACCUGAAACAAAUUUUCGAAAAGGUGAUACCUGGCGAGCACGAUGGAUGGAAGAAACGUUACACAAAGAUCCUCCAACGACUCGGCAAUGGGAGCAAAGUCGAGGAGUUAAUGCUCUCAAUCACUCGAGAUGUACAGCUCAUCGUCAAUCAUCACGCCGUCAAUGCUGGCAUGUCCGAGCAGAAUACUGAGUUGGAAAAAAUUGUUCAAGAGCUGAAAUCUGUCAAAUCCUCGGUGUACGAGGACGAAAGCCUGGGUAACACUUUCAACAGUGGCGGAGGUGCGCAAACAAACAAUGUCAAUAGCGGAAGUGGGCAACAAAUCAACAACAAUGCCGCCGUUGGAACUCAAAAUUUCCAUUCUGUCACCGUGACCACCAAGCAAGACUUCAGCUAUCACGGUCCGGUAGGUAUCUGUCUGAGUCAGUCACCUGAUAUCGACUCGCAGCUCUUCGUCGGUCGCCAGAACGAGCUUGACCAAAUUCACGAAGCCCUGGGACCCAAUGGCAAGACUCAAGAGCAACGACGAGUAAUUCUUGGUGGUAUGGGAGGAGUCGGCAAAACGCAGCUCGCUAUUGCCUACGCUAAAAGCCGAAUGAACGAUUUUAAGUCAGUAUUCUGGCUCAAUGCAACAUCCGAGACCACAUUGAAAGAUAGUUUCUCGUCGAUAGCCGGUCUGAUCUUCGAUAUACAAGAUUCUGGCGCAUUGAGCUCUGAUCAGGCUUUGGUCCAUAUUCACCGUUGGUUAUCUAACAAGAAGAACACACGAUGGCUACUUUUAUUCGACAAUCACGAUGAUCCAAAGGAGUUCGAUAUCCGCAAGUACUAUCCUCAUGCUUCCCAUGGGUCUGCUAUCGUAACAACACGACGGUCAGACCUUGUUGGUGGAAAGAUUAUCGAUAUCCGGCCGCUCUCAAGCACCACAGAGAGCCUACAGAUCCUAGCGACGCGUUCCCAAAGAGCGCACACCGAGUCUGUUGCUUCGCAAGAUCCUUACGCAACCCGUCUAGCGAAGCGAUUAGCAGGCUUUCCACUCGCCCUGGCUACAGCCGGCAUAUUUCUUCGCAAUAGUGGAUUCUCUUUCGAACGCUAUCUUCAGGAAUACGAGAAACGCUGGAAUAUCAAUCCUGAGCAGCCAGUUGAACUUGAGGAAUAUCGAGAUCGAACAUUGUAUACUACCUGGGAUAUCUCGUACAAACGUCUUCAAGCUCAACAUUCUACUGCCGCACUAUUGCUCAAAGCUCUGGCCUACUUCGAUAACCAGAGUAUAUGGUACGAAUUACUUCUUUCCGGCGUCAAAGAUAAUUCUCCGGAGUGGCUGCGUACUCUAACUAAAGACGACAUUAAAGUCUUUGGCGCGAUGAAGACCUUGACAGACUACUGUUUCCUCGAAGUCCAGCGGACAGACCUGGAGACGACAACAUCCUGGACCAUGCACAACUGCAUACAUGACUGGGCAGUACUAGUGCUCAACCAUGACAUCGACGUUCAGAAUUACUGGUAUGCCUUUGAUUGUGUCGCUGUAUCGGCUAAUGUGGACGAGAAUUAUACUUUGGAGCUUCUGUCUUUCGCUCGCCUUGCUGCACACGCCCUAAGGCUGGUGCAGGAGCAAUUUUGGCACAACGAACGCAUCAGCAUCAUCGGGCCUGGAAGGCUCAAUGAUGUCAUGAACGUAACAGAUCUACUUGAUUUCCAUAAUCAACCUGCUGCAGCGGAGCAGAUCUUACAGCGAGCGUUGAGCAGCUCCGAGCAGGGGCUCGGCGUCAAGCAUGAGACGACCCUAUGGCUAUUGAAUUCCUUAGCAGGCCAGUGUCAUAGACAGGGCAAACUGGAGCAGGCCGAGGACUUCUACAAGCAAGUUUUAGCCGGCGCAGAUGAGUUUUUAGGCCCAGAGCACACAACAACAUUGGUGAUUGUCAGGGACUUAGCAGAUCUAUAUUUUACUCAGGAUAGGCUACGGUUAGCGGAACAGCUUCUCCGACGGGCACUGACUGGCCUUGAGAAGGUCCUUGGUGACUUCCAUUUAUCGACACCAGGCACAGUCAUUGCGCUGGGUAAUUUGUACUUGGAAGAAGGUCAACUAUCGCAAGCGAAGCCGCUGUUGCAGCGUGGGCUAGCUGGAUCUCAAGAGACACUAGGGGACAAGCACACGUUGACGUUGGAUGCGAUGGGUAGCCUCGGUGGCCUAUAUCUGCUCCAAGGUAGAUUUGCACCAGCGGGACAGUUUCUCCAGAGAGCACUGGUCGUCUCUCAAGAGUUAUUUGGUGCUGAACACGAAUCGACACUACACUUCAUUGGUCUCAUGGCUUUGUUAUAUGACCGCCAGGGUAAACUUGGCCUUGCAAACCAGUAUUAUGAGCAAGCACUAACUGGUUCUGAAGCUCUCCAGCUCGAGAAUCUUGAUGCGCUAACUCUAAUCUCAAAUUUCGGCAUUUUUUGUUGGCGCCAGAAUAGAGUGGCGAAGGCACGACAUAUGUUCCAGCGCGUCGCGAGAGGAAGGGAAAGAAUAUUGGGAGCUGACCAUCCCAGAACAUUAGCGGCGUUUCAAGAUCUGAAGAUGGUGCAAUCAAUAAUAGACAAGGAAGGAGUUGGCGAGGAUGACAACGGGGAUGAGAAUGGCAAUGAGAUAUGCGAAGAAGACGAUCAAAGGGAGCAGCGUGGCCAGGAGAACAGCGCUAAAGGCCGAAGGGAUGAGGGCCUCAGGAAGCGAUUUUGGCGUCGACUGAGAAUAUCUGCCAAGUAA